AUAAAAACCCUAGCGGCCCCAUUAUUCACUCACUUUCUUAUUGUUAAGUUUCCCUCUCUCUCUCUCUGCUCCUCCGUUUCUAUUUCCCAGUCAUCAUCAUGUUGGGUUGAAUAGUGUGAGCGAGGAACAGGAGAAACAGUAAUGGGGAAGGUGUCGCUGAAAGAGAAGGGUUGGAGGGUUAAGGGUCGGAGGCAGGUUCGGAGCUCCGGGAACAAGUACCUGAGACCCGGAGCCCUGGCUCAGCUUCGGUGCUCCAAGCCUUCAGGUUCGGGUGGUGGAGGUAAGUGUUGCUGUACCGAUCUCGGAAAAAAGAGAGUGGCGGUGUUGCACUCCAGAAAGAGUGGUGGUGGUUGUGGCGGCGGCGGCGGUGGUUCUGUACAGCAGCGGUAUGUGGAGAAUAAUAUUAGGGUUUUCGAUAAGAGUCCUGUGAUGUUGUCGCCGGUGAAUUUGGUGAAACACAACAGUGGUUUCGUUGGGACCCCCAAAACCCCUCGCCUCGACGAUUCGCUGUCGGAAUCGAAGCUUGAGUCUCUCCCCAUGGAUUUGUUGGUUAAAAUUCUGUGCCACCUGCACCAUGACCAACUGAGGGCUGUCUUCCAUGUUUCUCAAAAAAUUAGAAAAGCUGUUAUAAUUGCAAGGCAGUUUCACUUCAAUUAUACUACUCCAGAUCGCUCUCGGCAGGAGAUGUUAAGUACAAUGACUCCUCGUCCUACUGAGCAUUGGCCUUUUUUGUGCAAGGGUGAUGGGAAGGGAGUUAGGAUUCCAAGCCCACACACACCUAAAGCACCUAGACAUGGCCCUCGACCUCCUUCUCGCCUAAAAAUUUCAGAGAUGAGGCAGGUUACAGCUGUUCUUUUCCCAGAGUCAGCAUUCCCUUCUCAUUGCUUGGUGCCAUCAGUUAUAUCAAAGCCCCUAUGCAAAUCCUUGGCUUCGAAUAGAGUUCUCUUCUAUGAAGAUGAACUAUGUCAGGCAGUUGCUCAGAAUAAACUACGCUGAAGCAAUUGUCUUCAAAAUUCCUUUUUCUUCACUGCCUCAUAGUCAUGUUUCUCUGCUGUGUAUAUUCUCUUUCGGUCUCUCUAGCAAAUGUUAGGAUAGUAAAAAUGCAAUUUUGUAGUCUGUCUUGGGGCAGUUUAGCUGGUGUGGAUAUUUGAUAUGUCUAAAUAGAUGUGGAGGGUUGGUUAUGUUUUCUGGUGCAGUUUAGCUUGUGGUAAUAAUAUUAUAAUAUAAUCAUUACUUGUAUAUGUUUUGUAUGCCUGGAACAAUUGAGUUUCCUUUAUAAACAAUUGAAGGAUCUACUAUAUUAGUUUCAAAGGUUGUGCUCUUUUACCUAUA